AUGUCUCGGGCGGACAGUCCAAACACGGACGGGGACGAUGGACUUCGCUUUGACCACGAACGGAAGACCGCUCCUGAAGGGAUCAUUUUUGCGACGAAGCCUGCCUUCAAAGCUAGAUAUAUCGAAGUAUUUCACUACCAUGGCAGCCUCAAACCACUCAUUGAGGAGGGUGAACUAAAUGAGACCAAUCUAGAGGCAUGGCUCGAAUCCGGCCGUCUUGCGGAAGGCGAGGAUAAGCCUCGCGAAGCGCAAAUCCGGGUUCUACUCUGUCAGAUCGAUCAACAGGAACCCGGCUCUAGGAGGUUACCUUUCGACUCUAGCCUUGUACGUUGUCUCUUAUUGACAACAGGACUAUCAAGAUACUUUUGGGAGGUUAUGUGCGAGAACUACGACCUCUUCUCCCAAACUGACGGCAUGAACUUACCCUACGAGUUCCAGAUGCGUCUGAAGGGAGGACCAGAGGAGGACCUCUGUCUAGGUGCUACCUACGAUUCGUUUCGACAGGUGACCCAUGUGGUCAUUUUCGUCUCAUCCGUGCCUUGGAUGGGAGCCGAUAAGUUCAUAUCGACGAUUGUGCAAGGUGUCAAGGAUAAUUGGACUCACGCUUGGCAUCCAAUGCUCGUACCUCUCCUAGUCCUCAAACUGCGCCGAAAAGGCGUAGCGGACAGUCUAAACCUUAAAGGAAGCGCCCCUAUUUCGGAAGCCACGCAUCAUGUUCUUCCUGCUACCGAGGAGGAAGAUUACUAUCGAUUGCUGACCUCUCUGGACUUGCUGAACGAUUCCUUCGCUGCCCAAGUAUUGUCAGCUAUACCAAGACUGCACGCGUUGGCCUCUCGAGUCGCUACCUGGGAGACUAUGAUGGAGGCCUCCCUUCGCAUUCAUGAUCCAUUGCUGAAGGCCAUUGAUCUUGUUAUCGGCAGUCCGGAUCGGGUCCAUUCUCGCAAACCUGGGGAGAUCUCGUCCAUGGAUUGGAUGGUGUCAGGAGUCGCACAUCAAGACGAAGAGAGAUAUCUGCGCUCUUUGACUGAGAAUUUGCUCCCAGUUAUUCGUAGCAAGCAGCGGAUGUUGCAAGGUCAGAUUUCCUUGAUGACCAAUUUGCUCGCCCAACGAGAAGGAAGGCUUAACAUGUCCGUUGCACUGGAUUCCAAGUCCCUCGCCGUAAAGAGCAAACGGGACAGCAAUUCAAUGAAGAUCAUCGCAAUCUUGACCAUGGUAUUCUUACCAGGAACUUUCACAGCAGCGCUUUUUGCAAUGCCCUUCUUUCAGUGGGAUGCCCCUAUCGGUGAACCUGUCGUUGCUACCCGAUUUUGGAUCUACUGGGCGGUCACGCUUCCUCUCACCCUGGCUGUUCUUUUAACAUGGUUUCUUUGGACGUCGGACAUUUGGCCGAGAACUCGGGAGUACUUGCUUGACCUGAACAAUAAGCUCAGGGGAGCUCUUGUACCAGGCGAAUCCCGUAAAGAUGUGUGA